UCACCAUGUUUUCUUUUAUCCUUCUCUACCUCUUUUGCUUCAUGUUUCCUCAAUUUUAUUUGCUCUGCUCUUUCUUAUAUGUCCAAAUUAUCAUUAUUUGUCCUGCAGGUAGAUUACGAUAAUUUAUACACAUAGGGGGGGACCAAUAGAUGCCUAUGACGAGAACGGAUGGAGUAAAGGAAUUUUUUAGCAAGAGAGGGAGGGCAAAUUAAAAAAUCUAGUGAAAAAUGUUUAAAAUGGCAUAGGAUAUAACAGCAAUACAGGGGAUAUAACCAUAUAGAUAGAGAUGGAUGAGGAUUUAGAAUUUGUGUAGCUAACCUCACCUAGUGGGCCAAGGCUUGAGAUUGUUGUAUCAUGUUAUGUUCCUAGGUUUUAAGGUAGAAAUCGAGAAUAAAGAGAAUUUGGAGGGAGAAUUAGACAGAAAGAGGGAGUUAACAGCGAUGAUAUAGGGAGAAUUGCUGACAAACAGAGAGAUCAAGGAGAAAUCAGAGGGAAAUGAGAGGGAACUUUGGAGAGAAUUUGAGAGAAAAGUCUGGAAAUCAAUUAUCAUUCAAAACUGUCCUCUCUAACUAACCUUGCCUAUUUAUAGGCUGUUAACUGAAGGUUACAAACAUGAACAUCAACCUACAGUACAAUAUAGUAAUGCAUUUAAACUAACUACUAUUAUAUUUACAAUUAUAGCCUUGGGGAUCUUUGAGGUUGUGAUAAUUCCCCCCUCUUUGAGAAAGUUCUUGUCCCCAAGAACUUACAGCGACUGGCCACUGUGUACUUCAUCCAAUUCCCAUUUUUCCAUCAGUUUUUUCCUUCCUCUUUUUCUUGUCUUUCCUUCUCCUCUUCAACUCUUUCCUUCUUUCUCUUACGUUCCUCUUCUUUUGCUUGUCCUGCAAAAAUAAAAUGUAGACCUCGACAAUCUCCAUGUCAACGCUGUAAAUUCCAGUAUGUUCCUUAACCUUUGCUAAGACCAGGUCAACUGCCAAUAUAUCGCCAAUCAUACCAUUUACAGUAAUGGGAAGGAACUCAAACUUCGCUGCCAACCAAGAUCUGAUUUGAUAUUGCAGCUCACCAACUGGAAUUUGAACACAUAAAACAUCAAAAAACUCUUCCACAAUCUUCCUAGACUCAUCACUUUUCUUCCUUUCAUCUUGCUUCAAUUCUGUCCUCUGUUCCUCCUGAGCUAUUUCCUGCUUGCUUUCAUUCACUAAUGGUUCUUCUUCAACAAGUUUCUUCUCCAUUGGUGUCGCAGUUACUUUUCCUAAUGAAUCAAUAUCUUCCAGUCCCAUUCCUUCAAGAGAAACAGAUUUAAGAUCUUCAAAAUCUAAAGUUGUGGUGAUCGUUUCUGUUCCUAACUUUGCAAUUUCUUUGGCUUCCUGAUUGCUGGCAUACAUCACUGGUUCUUCUUCAACAAUUAUCUCCUCCAAUGGUGUCAUGUAGAUUUCUCUGGCAUAUGCCAUUCCUUCCUUGGCAUUUGGAAUUGCCUGAUUCGCUUCAGUUGAUUUCUCUACUUCUUGCCACAAACCGGAGGUAACUCUUAGGACUCUAGCUUCUGCUAGAAUCGAUUCUUAAGUGGAUUUUAAAAUAUAGUCCGGUAUUUGGACUUGAAAUCUCUUUGAAAUCAGAAUCAGAAGUUCAUCCAGCUUGUGGUUGAGGUUAUCGACUUUCCCAUGGAAUCCGUUCUCCAUCUCAGCAGUUCAAAUUCGCCUAUCAAAUUGAUCAACUCUGCUGCUCUGAAUCACUAGAAAUCAUAGCCUAAAAUCAACCUGUAGGUAUUGCCUAAAUCACCAUGCAGUGGCUGAUAACCACCGGCUCUGAGAUGUCUUCAAAUUCGAGCCAAACAUGAGCAGAAGUCAAAGGUCAUGGUACAAGAGUCCUGUGAAGUCGGAUCGGAAGUACUGCAAGGAAUCGCCUAUCAACAACUACGAUCAACCGGCUCUGCUUCGCCUUCAAUUCUGAGCUGAGAAUCUUCGUAAUCACAGCCAGAAACUGUUGGAAUCACAGAAUCAGCAAAUCUGAGCCAAAAAGUGCUCUGCUUGUAGAUCGUUGGACUUUGCCUUCAAGAUUCGAACCGAGAGUCUCUUUACUCUAAUUCACCUUCAAAUCCAAACAGGAAGUGCCAAAAUUCACAGCCGAGACUCGUUCAGAAAUCAAGAAAUCAACAAUCCAGAAUUGCUGCUAACAGUUGCCUUCCGAUUGUAGACCUUGAUCUAACUGCUGAAAUUUCCGAAAUCACAGCCGAGACUCGUUGGCUCUGAUACCAUUUGUUAUGUUAGGGUAUUUUAGGUGGAAAUUGAGAAUAACGAGAAUUUGGAGGGAGAAUUGGACAGAAAGAGGGAGUUAACAGCAAGGAUAUGGGGAGAAUUGUAGACAAACAGAGAGAGAGAGAGAGAGAGAGAGAGAGAGAGAGAAGUCUGGAAAUCAAUUAUCAUUAAAAACUGUGUUUUCUCUAACUAACCUAGCCUAUUUAUAGGCUGUUAACUGAAGGGUGCAAACAUGAACAGAAACCUACAGUACAAUAUAGUAAUGCAGUUAAACUAACUACUAUUAUAUUUACAAUUAUAGCCUUGGGGAUCUUUGGGGUCGUGACAUCAUAAUGUCUCACAAUCUUAUUUUUAAAGGUUUUGCAAUUACCUGGAUAUUUUAACAUAAUACAUAUUUUCCACAUUCUUUGAAUAACUUGGAGAAAUACUCUCUCUCUUUCUCUCAUGCCCUUGAUUUUCCUUCACAUUUAUUAGUGCUUUUUGGAUUUCCUUCACUUUGCACUUUAUUUUUUGAAGUCUUUACUUGUUUAGAUGUAUGUAAUUUAUCAACAAAAUUAGGAAAAUAAUCUUAAUGAAAGAUUACAGAGGCCCAGUUCGAAUUUUAAUGGUGAGAAAUUUUGGAGAAAUUAACAAACAGAAAUUAUUUUCUUCUACCGUUCUUACAAAGAAAAAUUCAAUAUUUUUUCCCAAAAUUUUUAAAUAAACAUAUCAUACCAGAUAAAAAAAAAAAUCCAAUCAAUUUUUUCCCAAAAAAUUUGAAAUAAACAUAACAUACCAAGAUGACAAUUAGUUUUAAAUUUAAAUUUUAGUGAUCAAGCCCUUAAAAAAAUAGCAAUAUGUGACCUUAAAAGUAAGGGCAUCUACGAGGCUCUCCUAUUUUAUGAUGGUCAAGGGAAGGUCCGGAAGGUUGUUUUUUACUAAGCCUUACCCUUGCUUCGCAAAUAGACUGUUUCCUCAACUCGAACCUGUGACCUAUUUAUCAUGGACAAAUUUAUGCUAUAUAAUAUUCUGUACCAAUUUACUGUUUUCUUCAUGGAUUUAGAACUACUCUAGUAUUUUUGGUCACUUUUUUUUCUGCCUUUUUUUUUGGUUAGCUUUCUGUUUAAAUGAAUGAAUUUUGUUUGUUGGAUCAAGUCUAUUACAAAAUUAAUGCAUUCUCAUAGUGUUGCUGACAUCUACUUUUUGCACAAUGUUAAAGAAGUACUAAGAAAGUGUCUUUUAUCUCCUCAAAACUUCUCUUGUUUGGGUAAAAUACAAGACACGCUAUGUCUUUUCUCAUUUUUAUCUGGGUAUGUUUGGCUUUUUGGAGAAGUAGCUGCAUGUAUGCAAGCAGAUUGCGUUGCUAGAUGUGCCUACUGCCUCAUUGAGAUAGAUGGUUUAAAGCUUCUUUAAAGUAGAUCGCAAGAUGGAGUCAGUUGGAACAUUUGUUUAUCUUUUCCUGCUCCACAAGUUUUGAAGCUUGAGCCACUGAAAUCUGUCAAAAUGAAUACAUGAUGGUGAUUUGUCUAUCAAAAACUAUUUUGAAUAGCUAUUUGAAUGUGGAUGGUUGAUUACCCGGAACUAGAAGGUUAUGCUUUUUUCUGUGCUGUGCAAAUCAGUUGUUAGAUCAAUUACUGGCAUACUGCAUUGCAUUCUCUUAGUCCUUCUUGGGUAUUCUGCUCUCUGUUGCAUGAGCCUUGAUCAUGUCAAAAAUUGGUAGAAUGAUAAUAGGUUCAUGGUGCUUUUGAGGUAAGCACCAAGGUUUUGAAAGAUAAUUUCAUCAUCUCAGAAUCUUUGUCAAAGGGGAUUAGCAAAUGAAUCAUUGAUGAAAAGUUGGAAGGUCUAUUUUUUGUGUGAUGGCAUGGAUUAAAAAUCAGAUUUCUCUAGGCUUAGAUCUUUUCAGGUACCACUGCAUUUCUUCACCAUCAUUCCCUGGAGUUCCUUCCUUCUACCUUCCCUUCCAUCUACUGGCUUUGGGCUGAGGUAUAUGUGGCUAAUAAUAGGUAGACUUUUUAAGAUCAGCCGAUACUUGGUUUGUAUUGAAUUAUUGAGGGAAAAAAGAAAAAGAAAAAUAUACUUGGUUUAUUGUCUCCUGAAACCACAAUUUUCAGCUUGCUGAAUUCCAUGAACAUGGUUAUAUUUUUAUGCGAAAUGUUACCAUAGCUGAAAUAAGAUCAUGGAUGAAAAGCAAUGAGGCUUGUUUGGUUUAAUGUCGUGCCUUAGUAAUUGUGCAAUGUCUUAUUCUUGACACCCUUAAAUUGAAGGAAUCAGCUUUCUCUAGGCUCAAUCUUUCAAGAUAUUAGUAUAAUUUUCCCUGCCAUAGUUCCAUCGUUCUUACCUUCCUAAUGUUUGAGGAAAGCUGAAGGUUGGUGGAUUGUUGGUAGAAGCUCUAAGAUCAUAUGAUACUUGGUUGAUUGAAUAUGUCAAUCAAUUUGGAUCUUUUGUAUUUUAGAUCAAUUUGGAUCUUUUGUAUUUUAGGUAAAUUGCAAAGCAGAAACCCAACUUUUACCUUUGUUUCAAUUUUGGACCAAAAUUUUAAUUUUUCCCACAGUAGCAUCCAACUUUAAUUUUGUUCAAAAGUGCCAUUAACCAUUUGUUAGCAAAAAACAUUAAAUGUUGACAUGGCACACUGAGGGGGCUGCCACAUUAGUGCUUUUUGCCACAUCAGCGAUUGCCAUGCCAACAUUAUAUUUAUAAACUAAAUAUAUAUAAUUAUAACUAAAUACAUAUAUAUAAAUAUACCAGUAGCUGUUGGCAGCACAGGGGUUGGGUUGCAGAACCCCCAUAAAAAAUGGGGGUUUUGCAUCCCCAGUGCUGCAUUCAGAAUUGAGGCUCUGUAGUAACCAGGUCAGAUGUCAACAUCUUAGCCAUCUUUGCAGCAACCCAUUACAGGGGGAUCUGUAGCACCUAGGUCAGGUGUAGCCCAUGGAGGAGAAGACAACCCAGGUGGCGAUGGGUUGGAGCCAAGAUCUGGGUUCUCCUCUUCGCAGGCAAUGGUAAUUGAUUCUCUAGUGAUAGUGAGAUCCAACAUUGCCAGAGGAGAACCCCAGCCAUUGCAGCUGCUUCUGGGGACCAUGAUUGCUUCCACCACUGGCCACGGAUCUGUGGUGAAGUUUGCAUUGUCACUAUUGGGAAAACACAAAGGUGGCCACCACCAGAGGAACCCUCAUUGCUACCUCUGUGUGAAGGAGAAAAAUGUAUUUUGAGUUUAGUUCCGAUCCCCUCCACUGCGGCCACAACUGGCACAACGCCCAUAUCUCUCGUGGUUCCCUCAUUGGUCUUGCAAUGAGGUGGUGGUAAGCAAGGUUGUUAAAAUCGAUAUUUUAAGUGGGAUCGUAAAAGGGUCCAUAAAAUCGUAAGAUUUUACGGAAAAUUAAAAAUACUUUUUAAUUUAUGUAAAUAUAUGUUUAUAAUGACAUAUUCCUUAUUAUAAAUAAAAUAUAUGUACCUAUUUCAAAAUUAUUUUAUCUAUCAAUUUUAAAAAUACUAAAUAAUAUGAAAUUUCUAAAUAUUAAAUCCAUCAUUUAUCAUUAGUUCAUCAUUUAUGCAUCCAUAAUUAAAAUUUCAAAUAACAAACAUUACCAUCAUCAUCAACAAAUAUUGUUAAAAAUAAAUAAAAAUACCAAGUCAUAAAAACAACAAAUAUUGUUAAACUUCUACAUUAUGUCAUUACACUAAUUAAGUUACCAAUACUAAAGCGGUAUAUUUGUUUCUUGCUAAUCAUAAUAUAAAAUUAGAUCCACCCAUGAUCUGAUUGUGACAUAGUUAAGAUUAAUUUUUUGAAUCUACACUUAUUUGUACGUGUAGAUAACAUCACAAAUGAAAAUGUACACACACAUACACAGCCGCAUAGCACACUCACUCACUUAGCACAUCAAUUGACGUAACACAGAGCUCAACAUAGCAUUAUUGGACUUGGCAAAACAUAGUCACUCUCAUUCAUGACUCACUCAUAUACCUGGGCUGAGUUUGAUUAUUUGAACUUUCAAGGUGAACAAAUGAAGAAGAAACGCCAAAACAAGAUCAACAACGAUUAGGGUUUGUAGAAGGACACAACAAGUGGAUGCAGCAAGCACAUAGACACAAUGCUAUUUAGGGUUUGUAGAGGAACCAAAAUAGGAUAUUGACAACGAUUGUAUAUAUAUAUAUAUGUGUGUGCGCGUGCGUUGAAAGACACGAAAAUAUUUUUGUCUCUAAUCUUGAAAUUGCGGGCAAGACUAAACUCGGUAAACUCGGAUCGAUAAGCUUGAACUGGUAAACUCGUGAAUCGGGUCCGAUUCUAUAAAAACCCGAUCCUACAAACAAAUUGACUCAUUUUAUGCCUCAUGACUCGUAAAUUCGUAAAAUCGUACGAGUUGACUCGCGAUGUUAACAACAAUGGUGGUAAGAGAGUAUUUUAGGCAGUGGUUUUCUCCUCACAGUGGGUCUCCUCUGUUGAUUGCUUCUGUCGACACGGCUCAAGUCUGUGAUUCAUUGCCUGUUCUUUGCCAAACAUCACUGCAUCUCCUUGUCAGAUCUGAUAUCAACUUUAUUCAAUUUCUUGAGGGCACGGUUCUGAAACUACAUAUUGUUUAAAUCAAAUGGGGGAGACAGAAAAUGCACUUCCACCUUCCAAGAAGAGGGCUGCUGGAAGGGAAUUAUCUCGAGAUAAUCCAGGUCUUGAUGAUGAGGAAGAGUCUUCUGAGCAAGAGACUGGGACUUUCAAGAGAGCUAGUGAUGAGGUGCUGGCAGGCAGAAGAAUUGUCAAGGUUCGUCGGCAACAAACAUCAUCAACCCCAUCAGCCCCUUCUUCUAACCCUUUUGCAGGGAUCCGCUUGGUUCCAUCUAAUGAUUCCAACUCUGUUGCAUCUGAAACUCCCAAUAAAGUAGAAAGCGAAAAAAUAGUUUCUGAACAGGUUGACGGAAAGAAUGAUGCGACUGAGGAGGCUGAUAAGGCAAAAGGUGAUGAUGAGCAGGCAGAAAACAACGAUGAGAACGACAAACAAGGGGAAAAGAAGGCUGAUGAGGCUGGGGCAGAGUCUGCUGUAGAUGAGAAGAAAGAUAAUGCACCAGAUGAGGGAAACAAACCUGAAUUAGCACAUGAGAAGGCAAAAGGAGUGAGUGAAGCAGAGAAAAAGGAUAACUGUCCUGAGGGCUCAGCUGAGAAGAAGGAUAAGAAAGAUAAUGGUACUGAAAAUGUAGAAAAGGGUGUAGAAGCUGCAUCCUUUAACUCAUUCCAGCAACUUUCAAGCAGUCAAAAUGCCUUCACAGGGCUUGCUGGAACUGGAUUUUCUAGUUCUAGCUUCUCAUUUGGGUCGAUUGCAAAGGAUGGAUCUGCACUAGGGACUUCUAUUGGUACUAAGAAUGAGGGAAGUAGAAUCCCAUCCAUGCAGGAAGUUUCCGUGGAGACGGGGGAAGAGAAUGAGAAGGCUGUUUUUGCUGCUGAUUCUGUGCUGUUUGAGUUUACUGAUGGUGGGUGGAAGGAGCGAGGAAAGGGAGAAGUCAAGGUGAAUAUCUCCAGAACUGGGACAGGGAAAGCUAGACUCGUAAUGAGAGCUAAGGGAAAUUAUAGGCUGAUAUUAAAUGCGAGUCUGUACCCCGACAUGAAGCUGACAAAUAUGGAGAAGAGAGGCAUCACUUUUGCCUGCAUGAAUAGCGCUGGUGAAGGGAAGAAUGACCUUGCUACAUUUGCUUUGAAGUUCAAGGAUGGUUCCAUAGUUGAAGAGUUCCGUAGAGUCGUCACAGAACAUAAAGGCCAAACUCCUGCAGUGCUGAAGACACCGGAAAAUUCUCCAAAGGCAUUCGAUGAGUAACCAAAUUGGCUAAUUUCUUGUGAUAAUGUUGCUGGCAAUAGGGGUUUUCUCUUCCUCCAGGCGGAGGAAGAAAUAGCCCGAUCCAGUUGUUUUUCUCUAGAGUCCGAUCCAGUUGUUGGUAAAUCCUGGGUUCGGUCUGCUUGCUUAGUAACUUUAAAGACAUGGAAUAUGGAAAACAUCUUGAGUUAUGGCGCAGCAAAUCCUACAGGUUGAAUGUGUCAUUUUGGCCUGCCUUCAUGUAAGUCACUGCUGAUAAUUUCUGAUGGACUAUCAGUGAUAUUAUUACUAUUAUUAUCGUUUUCUUUA